AUGACGUUGUCUACACUGGCGCUCGUAGCCGUAGCAGCAGCAGCAGCGACAACGACGGUGGCAUCCGCCACGUCGCUUCCAUACUCUGAAUACAUUCUCGCACCCAAAUCACGAACUGUACUCCCCGUCUCUAUACACAGCAGCAACGGCUCCGUGUCGAACCCGGAAGCUUUGCUCCAAGGAGCAAGCAAUGGCAGCGCAGUAUUCACCGGUAACGCAUCCACAGCGUACGACUUUGGCAUCAACAUCGCGGGCAUCGUGAGCGUGAGUGUGGGCGGUAGUGUGGAUUCAACCGGGGACUACAUCGGCGUUACAUUUUCUGAGAGUUCGCUGUGGAUUAGCAAUCGGAGUAGCGAUGCUACGGCUGAUGCGGGCAAGGAUGAGACGCUUUGGUUUCGCGUCAAUGCCAUGGGAAAGUAUACGGCGCCGAGGGAUAAGAUGCGCGGUGGCUUUAGGUAUAUGACGUUGGUGCAUAAUGGGACGGGUAGUCUGGAGGUUACGGGCGCGGAGGUGCAUUAUACAGCUAUGCCGCAUUGGGCUGAUGAUGCGAUUGGGAAUUAUACGGGGUACUUUCAUUGCGAUGAUGAGCUGUUGAAUAGGAUUUGGUAUGCGGGUGCGUAUACAAAUCAGUUGUGUACGGUCCCCCCGGAUACGGGUAAUGCUUUGGUGCACUUGGGAGAAACGGGAUAUUCGAGUACGGAUGACCAGAGUCCGGUUAAUGUUACGUGGUAUAACAACUAUACGAUUACUCAAGGCACGAGUGCGUUGGUGGAUGGAGCGAAGAGGGAUAGGCUUGUUUGGGCUGGAGACAUGGCUAUUGCUGUACCCGCAGUAGUCGUAUCCACAAACGAUGUCGUCUCGGUUGAGAACGCACUCAACUCACUCUUUGCUAUUCAGAACCAAACAACUGGCACGCUGCCCUAUGCCGGUCGACCUUUUUCCCCUUUGGUGUCGUUCACGUACCAUCUUUACACUUUGAUCGGUGUAGCGGAUCACUACCUAUAUACUGGCGACAUGUCGUACCUAAAAUCUCUAUGGGAGCAAUACAAAUUCGCACUUUCAUUUUCGCUCAGCAACAUUGAUUCGACUGGCCUCAUGAACGUGACUACGCCGCAGGACUGGCUCCGUGAGGGAAUGGGCGGACACAAUAUCGAGGCAAACGCCAUUCUCUACUACACCCUCUACCAAGCUAUCUACCUUGCUGGCGCUCUCAACGACACUGCAAAUGUGUCAGACUGGCGCGAGACGGCCGAGCGCAUCAAGGUGGCCGCCAACGAGCUUCUCUGGGACGAGGAAGUGGGCAUGUACAAGGACAACGAGACAACGACGCUAAAUCCUCAGGAUGGAAACGCCUGGGCUGUUGUCGCCAACCUCACUCAAAGCGCGGAACAGACUUCUUUGAUAAGCAAUCGUCUGGUCGAGCGAUGGACAAAGUAUGGUGCACCUGCGCCGGAAGCCGCAGACGCCAUUUCACCAUUCAUCUCGGGCUUUGAGCUGCAGACACACUUCCUCGCGCGCAAUGUAACGGCUGCUCUGAAUCUCAUGCACUUACAAUGGGGUUUCAUGCUCGACGACCCGCGCAUGACCAAUUCGACUUUUAUCGAGGGCUACAGCGUUACUGGAGAGUUGCACUAUGCGCCAUACAAUAAUGACGCACGUAUCAGCCACGCACAUGGCUGGGCAACCGGUCCUACAUCUUCGCUGACCCAGUAUGUUGCCGGGGUACAGUUGUUGACAGCCGGUGGAGCGACUUGGCGCAUUGCUCCUAACCUGGGUGACAGUCUCAAGUUUGCGGAUGCAGGGUACAGCACGACCCUGGGGUUCUUCAGCGCAAAGACCCAAAUCCUGGAUGACAGCAAGGUAGUGUUGGAGUUCGAGGCGCCCGAGGGAACGACGGGUGAAGUGCACGUUCCUGUGCUGAACUGCGGUGGCCGGGUUACCUUGAGUGAAGCUCAGAGUUCAAGCGAGGACUGCGUUGUGGAUAUUAGCGUGAGCGCAAGUGAACAGGAAAGUGUAGUGUUGCAGGAUGUGGCUGGCGGCAAGUGGAAAGCUACGUUCCAGUGUUCGGAGUAA